GAGUGGCAAUAUGAAAAUGUUAGCUGAUUAAUAUAAUGGAGGCCAAUGUAUAGAAUCACUGGACAUUAUAACAUUAACGCGAUUACUACUACAAAACACUUAUCAUAUACCGGUACUACGUGCAUUAUGGAAAUUACAACAGUUUCAUUGUUAGUGAUUUGUUCACCACUGUGCAUGGCUAUAUACACAAGUAAUUACAUUCACCCAGAUGCCGGAAUAAGCUCUAAAGAAAUUAUUCAAAAAUAUGGUUAUCCUUUGGAGAUCCACACGAUUGAAACUGAAGACGGAUAUUUACUGGAAACCUAUCGAAUACCUUAUGGAAAACGCAAUCUAACGUCGAAAUCGCAGUUGCCAGUUCUUCUUGUGCCAGGAUUAGUUUGUACGUCACUAAUUUACUUAAAUUUAGGUCCUGGGCUUAGUUUGGGAUUUAUGUUGGCGGAUGAAGGUUAUGAUGUUUGGCUUGCAAACACAAGAGGGACAAGGUGGUCCAAAAGGCAUAAAUUCUUGGACGCGGUUCAAAAUGAAAAGGAAUUUUUUGAUUACAGCUUUCAUGAGGUUGGAAUAUAUGAUAUUACUGCGAAUAUAGAUUAUAUCCUGAAACGGACAAAUUUCAAAAAAUUGUUUUACGUUGGUCAUUCUCAAGGAACUACCUCAUUUUUUGCAAUGGCUGCCACAAAACCUCAGUACAAUGACAGGAUAAUAUUAAUGAUCGCGCUCGCUCCCGUCGCCUACGUUUUCAACGUGCAAAACCCCGUAGUUACAUUUGUUAAGCAUCAUCUACCCGAAAUCCAGAAACUAGCCGAAAAGAAUAGGGUGUACGAACUGGCUUCGUACUCACCGCUAUUAGCCUCAUUAGGUAGCCUGCUAUGCAACGACUAUGCUGUGACUCAAAUAUUUUGUGCAUCCAUCUUUUACUUCUUUGGAGGAUAUAGUCCUCAUUUUAACACGACUGCGCUUCCAGCAAUAAUUGCUGAAUAUCCCGCUGGAACUUCAACGAGGAUGAUUUUCCAUUACGUUCAAUUGGCUAUCUCAGAGCAAUUUCAAAUGUACGAUUACGGAAUGGAUGAAAAUGUAAAGAAAUAUGGGACCAAAACUCCGCCAAAGUACAACAUUAGUGCAAUCACUGCACCGGUAGCACUCUACUAUGGAGGUUCGGACGGACUCUCCACUCGCUCUGAUGUAGAGGUACUGAUACCUCAACUGCCAAACCUAGUAGAGAAACAGUUUAUUAAGGAUUACAGUCAUAUGGAUUUUCAAUGGGCAAAGAAUAUUGUUCCUGUUCUACAUAGUAAAUUGAUAGAAAUAAUUAAGAAAUAUUCCAAGAAAUAAAAGAUAUUCCC